AUGGCGCUGCGCCAGGGAGCCCUGCCGCUCAAGUGCCUCAACCACGUGUCCCUGGUGUGCAAGGACCUGGACAAGUCCGUCGCGUUCUACCGCGACCUCCUGGGCUUCGAGGAGGUCCGCAGGCCGCAGAGCUUCGAUUUCGAAGGCAGCUGGCUGUUCGGCUGUGGCGUGGGCAUCCACUUGAUCCGGGGCGACCAGUCCAGCCAGGUGGUGGAGCGGCCGUCGGCGAUCAACCCCAAGGCGGACCACCUGUCCUUUCAGGUGGGCGGGCGGGGGGAUGGCGUUGGACGGGCCUCCCGGCUGGGAAGUGGGGUGUCCGUGCCGCGGGUGCCACCAAGGGGCGCAGGGGGGGGGACAUCCGUGCCCAGUUUGCUGAUCGGUGUACCGGCUGCGGCGCAGUCGGAUCAUCUGGAGGCGGUCGUGGCGCUGCUGGAGGCGUUGGGGAUGCACUACGAGAGGCAGAGGGUGCGAGAGGGGACGAUAGUUGUCAGCCAGGUGUUCCUCCACGACCCCGACCACAACAUGAUCGAGAUAUGCAACUGCGACUGCCUACCCGUGGUGCCGCUGGGCGCCUCGCCGUGGCUGCAGCGGGGGCCGGGCCACGCGGCGGGGCUAGGCGGCUGCGCCGCGACGGCCAGCGCGGCGGACCGCUUCUGCGUGGACGCGCGGUCUGGAUUUGGGGCGGACAUGGGAGAGUGA